CUCCUCAUCUGCGUCUACACCCUCCUCGAUCCCAGCGCAGGCGACGUCUGGCGACACCUCGGCUUCGCCAUCCGCCUCUUUCUCGACCUUUCCCACCGGCCUUCCAUGGAAGUGGACAAGGACCAUGCUGUGUUUUGUAUGCUGACUAGGACGUUGUAUACUCUCGAGAGUCUUGUGUCGAUUGCCUUUGGACGACCAAGCCUACUAGUCAUCGGAGACGACCUCCGUCGCUUGGCCUCUGAGAGCUUCCACCCUGCGUCAACACCCCAACUUGACAUCGCCCUCCUCAAACUACAAAUCCACAACACAAUCCUCCAACACCACAACAAACCUACCACAACCACCUCUCCAGCUCUCUCCCACGAGACUACACCAACCCUCCGAUCCACCUGCGAAAUCUACCGCCAAACCCUCGACUCCUGGUCCGCAACUUGGAAACAAUUUACAACAUCCUCAUCCCCAACAACCUCUCCAGCCUCAAAAGACGCCCUCCUCGCCUGGGGCUCACUACACCACCACCACGCCCUCUCCCUCAUCACAUCCCUCUGGCCAGCACCAGGCGGAAACGCCCUCACCAUCUGCGGCGGCGUAGCACAGGCCGCGUUACAGCUCCUUCGACACCAGCAGAUGUUCGCGAACCUUCCUUGCAAAGCGGAGGAGGCGGAGGGAGGGGCACCGUCAUCAACCGAAGAAGAGGUUUUGGUAUUUCCUUUUGACUGGACAAUGAGCCACCUCGCGUUUCAAGUAGGUCUCCGUGCCAUGGGGGAGAAGGACACGACGCUGCUGCCGACUAGUGAGAAGAAGAAUCCGGCCGAGUGCCCGCCACUCCAGCAAUGUUUUUCAACGCUGUUACUACUAGAAGCUGACGCUUCCAAGCUUCUGAGAGGACAGUCUCAGGUCUUCGAGGCGCUCUCCGAGAGAUUCAACAUGUAG